CUCUUCGUACAAUUAGUCUGCUUGGUAAGCUGUCAGAAUGAACAUCGUCACGUUAUCACAGUCACUCGUCGCUGCGCUCCGUGGAUACGCAACGAUGGACUAUCUAUCAAUAGCUCUGUCGCUAGUGGCGGUGCUCGUUGCCCUCUAUUACUUUACCACGAGGAAUUACAAUUUUUUCAAGAAUCAUGGAAUCGUGCACGUUCCACCGACACCGCUGUUUGGAAACUUCGGAUCGUUCGUCAGACGACAGAUCACCAUGGCCAAUUUGAUCGACAAGACCUAUCAACUGGAUCCCAGAGCGAAAUACGUCGGUUUCUACGAAUUUCUUACGCCGAUAAUAAUGCUGCGCGAUUUGGAUCUGAUCAAGACCGUCACCAUGAAGAACAAUUUUCGGACCAUCGUCCGCUGGUGAAUAGAAAAGUGGAUCCUAUGCUAGGAGGAAUGCUAUUCAUGCUGAACGGUGAUCAGUGGAAGAAUCACAGGAAUAUGCUGUCGCCGACGUUCACCUCCAGCAAGAUAAAAACCAUGUUCAAACUGAUGUCGGAAUGCGCGAGCAGAUUUGCCGAGCAUUUAUCGAAUCUGUCGAAGGAGCAGCGCGAAAUGGAUAUGAAGGUUCUAUUGACGAAAUACACGAACGACGUGAUUGCCAGCUGCGUCUACAACGCGUCUGUCGACUCUAUCAAGGAGCCGAACAACGUGUUCUACGUGUACGGUAGAAUAUGCACGUCGAUGGCAACGUUCAAGAGAUCCAUGAUGUUUCUGGUACACAGGAACGUUCCGUGGUUAGCGGAGCUGCUGCAACUCAAGUUCGUGGAUAAGACGGUGGAGACCAGACAACGAACCGGCGAUCGUAGAUCGGACAUUCUGCAACUGUUCAUGGACAAUAACAAGAAGAGAGAGCCGGGGAGAGAGAUGAGCGUGCAAGAUAUGGCGAAUCACGCGUUCAGCUUCUUCUUCGGCGGUUUCGACACCGUCUCGUCGCAAACCUGCAUAGUGGCGCACCUGUUAACCGAGAAUCCGGACGUUCAGGAAAGAGUGCAGCAGGAGAUCGACGAGACGUUGGAGAAAAAUAACGGAGAGCUGACCUACGACGCGAUGCACGACAUGAAGUACCUGGACGCAGUGAUCAGUGAAACCUUACGACUUUAUCCGAUCGCCUCGUUCAUAGACAGAAUGUGCGUCAAAGAUUUCGAACUGCCGCCGGCGCGAUCCGGCGACAAACCGUUCACCGUCAAGGGA